AUGGGAAAAUUGGAAGUAUUAUUGAGAAAUGGUGCAAAUGACGAAGAUUCAUCAUCAUCAUCAUCAUCAUUAGUGCAAAAGGAGUACUUGUUUGACAUUAUCUUUCAACAACAAAAGCAAGAAGCUACCACCAAAGAAGGCAUCAAUAAUAAUAAUGAAGAUAGUGAUGAAGAACUUGUGUCACUCUCUCUAGGAGUCUCAUCAUCAGAAAAACUACUCACCGAGAUGUGGCCACCGAGUAAAGUUCUCAAGACAACAAAAAAUAAUGGCGAAGGAAAUGAAGCAUCUCAUCAUCAUUACCAUAAUACUCGCCUCAAGAAGGCUAGGGUUUCUAUAAGAGCCAGAUGUGAUACACAAACGAUGAAUGAUGGAUGCCAAUGGAGAAAAUAUGGACAGAAGAUAGCAAAAGGAAAUCCAUGUCCUCGUUCAUACUACCGAUGCACUGUCUCUUCAUCUUGUCCCGUAAGAAAACAGGUUCAAAGAUGUGCUCAAGACAUGUCAAUCCUGAUUACAACCUAUGAAGGAACUCACAACCAUCCACUUCCUUCUUCAGCCACUCCAAUGGCGUCUGCAACUUCAGCCGCCGCUUCCGUUCUUCGAUCCUCGUCCUUGUCCUCCUCCUCAUCGCAACAAGGCAUUGUACCCAAUUCAGAAACAACCACCAUUGUCAACCCUAAUAAUAAUAAUAAUACUACCCUAAUAAGACCACAACAAUUCUACUUGUUCAACUCUUCCAUGAUCUCAACCUCCAAUAAUAACUUUCACCCCACAAUAACUCUUGACCUCAUUACUAAACCUCCAACUUCAUCAUCAUCUUCCAUACCAAAGUAUUCACCAACAAAUCUUGAUUUUUCCUCAACUACUACCACUUUCUCUCCAUUGCAGUAUAGCACUCAACACUCAUCAUCGUCUCGUUAUUAUUGGAACCUUAAUAAGAAUGGAAAGCAACCAUUGAUUCAAUAUCAUCAAGGCCAUUAUCCCUACCAACAAAAUUGCAUGCCCAUUAUUUUUCAAAAACCUUUACAUGCAGAUUGUUAUGCUUCCUCUGCUCUUAAUAAUAACCAACAAGGAAACAUCACAAAAUCAUUGUUAACCUCACAACCGUCUAAAGGUUCAUAUGCUUCGCCGCCCUCUAAGAAAAGUUACCAGUUCUUGGAGAAAAGGAAGUGA